CCCAGAUCAAGAGUCCCUGCCGCUUAGGCCAGGCGCCCCUGGACCACAACGCUGCUACUGCUGCCCCUGCUCCAAGUCACUGUCCGCCAGAGGGGCAUCAUGGGCUUCCAGAAGUUCUCCCUCUUUCUGGCUCUCAGCAUCUUGGUCCUGUACCAGGUGGGCAGCCUCCAUGCAGCGCCAUUCCGGUCCACCCUGGAGAGCAUCCCGGGCCAGGCUAUGCUGAGUGAGGAGCAAGUGCGCCUCUUGCUGGCUGCGCUGGUGCAGGACUAUGUGCAGAUGAAGGAUGGCGAGCUGCAACAGGAACUGGAGACAGAGGGCUCCAGCCUGGACAGCGCCAGAUCUAAGCGGUGCGGUAGUCUGAGUACUUGCAUGCUGGGCACGUACACACAGGACCUCAACAAGUUUCACACGUUCCCUCAAACUGCAACUGGGGCUAGAGCACCUGGCAAGAAAAGGGAUACAGCCAUCGACUUGGAGAGAGACCACCGCCCUCAUCAUCACUACCCGGAAGAGAGCUUGCGACACUGCCACCUGCGUGACUCAUCGCCUGGCAGACUUGCUGAGCAGAUCAGGUGGUGUGGUGAACAGCAACUUCAUGCCCACCAAUGUGGAUUCUAAAGCCUUUGGCCGGCGUCGCAGAGACCUUCAGGCCUGAGCACCUAAAUGCCUCCAAGAAGGUCACAGUGAAGCCAAACUCUAAGUCUUUUAAUGUAUAAUGAAAGCAAUUUGUAGGAGAGGCUCCAUGGAAGACAUAUAUAUUUGCAUCCUUCAUGAUAUUGAAAACUAUCUUCUUUGUUUGCAAAGAACUAAAGUUAAAUGCAAAAUAAGCUCAUUGCAGUUACCUAUUGUGCAUCCUUUCCAUAUUUCAUUCUGUAUCCAAUAAAUAUGACAGCAUGUCUCAUUGGCUUACCUGGUAGCAAAUCUGGGCCCUAUCAGUCAUCCUGUUAAUGUUGGCAGCUCUGUUGAACCUCAGGGGGACAUGAAAUCACUGCUUCUUGGACACCUGGGGACAUAUGGUAAUUCCGUGCCUUGAUGGAACUAUUGUCUAAAGAAAUGUCAAUGUUGUCAUUUGUGAACUUCAUCAAAAUUAAAAACGUAUUUUCGAUACCCUU